CCUACCCUCUUGGCCCUGCCAUUUUAUCGCCGAGGGGCUAUCGCGAAUGAUAACGGGGAAGUGGACCGUAGCUGAUGUACGCAUUCGCUAAAUAACAUCUUGCGUGACAGAGAGCGCGCACGAGAGAGAGAAAAAGAAAGACUGAAAGAUACCGUGUCGUGUCGGAUCAUCAUUGUCGCAGUCACGCCACACACACUACCACCGGGCAGCACCACACUGAUUGGAUCCUCUAUCAGCUGACGAGUGUGCCGUGGGGCGAAUUUAUAACGUUACGACGCCAUUCGGAAUGCCACUGCGUGUUCAGUGGCUGAUUUUGCGGCUCAACGGCAGCAACUUCCUGCGAUGUUCUCAAAGGCGUUAGGGGAGUGGUCGGUGUCACGGCAGACCAUGCUGUUGGCUGCUGGCCUCGGCGGUGUCACGGUACUGGCGGCUGGUGCCUGGCUGCUGAAGCGGCGACUCGAUAACACACCACCACAGCGCUGGCAGGAGGCCGGCGUCCUCACCGACAUCUACGUGUACCCCAUCAAGUCGUGUGGUGCGAUCGUGGUGCCGGCGAUCGGAUGCGCCGGCACCGGGCCCCAGCAAAAUCUGCUGCGUGACCGCACGUUCGUGGUAACGACCGAGGAGGGCAAAUUCGUGACGGCCCGGAUGAAGCCGAAGAUGGUGCUGGUGGUACCGCGAUUCGACGACCGAUGUGAAACGAUGUUUCUGACCGCGCCCGGUAUGCCGGAGCUGCGUAUUGACGUGCGUCAGUGGGCAUCCGGCGAGUCCGGCGGAAGCUCCAACAAGCAGGACGACCAGACACCGAAGGAGUGUAUCGUGUGGGGCGAACCCGUCACUGUCGUCGACUGCGGGGAGGAGGUGGCCCGCUGGUUCUCGCGCUACCUCGUCGACCGCGACACGGGCUAUCGGCUCCGGUACUAUCCGCACGAGCACGCCCAGCGUCGCCGGCAGGGCAGCGACACGGGAGCCCUGCACGACGAGACGAGCUACAUGCUAUUCAACGAGGCGAGCGUGACCGACCUGAACCACCGGCUCGACAACAAGGUGGGCGCGCUACAGUUCCGCCCGAACUUCGUCGUCCGUGGCCCGAAAGCGUACGCCGAGGACCGGUGGCGCUGGGUGCGCAUCGGCGAGGUCGUGUUCCGGUACCGCAUUCCCUGCUUGCGCUGCGUGUUCACCACGAUCGACCCCGAGACGGGCAUCGCCGACCCGGCCAAGGAACCUCUGCGGACACUGAAGGAAUACCGUCAGAUUCCGGCCCUCGGUGAGUCACCGGCCUUCGGCAUCCACCUGGGACUGCGAGGCGAUGGGACCGUCAAGGUCGGCGAUCCGGUGUACGUUGCGUAGUUGACGUCGCUGGACGGUUGAAACGGUCCCGCUGAUAGUCGCCAACGUCGCCGAUUUCUUUCGAGCCGAUUUCUUUCUGUACUUUCUGAUUGCUGCCCUGAUUUUGGGUUUGGUUUGUUUUGUAUCAUUUUCACCAUACGCGAGAAAACAAACCGCUUUAAUAGACACAAAUAAAAGUUAUACAAACACA